CUCCGCAGUAGUUGCUAAAAAUUGUUUAAAAUGUUGCUGUGUCGAUUUUGGUAGCGAUAGAAAAGUGAUGACUGUAUGCAGGAACCGUCCCCUGGAAAUGGAAAAUCAGUGAGUGGAAUAUCUUCUAGUUUACCAGAUUUCCGUGCAGCCGGCAUUUCAAUGAUUGGACAAUGUAUGGAUGUUUCGGAAGCCACAUUAGCCAGUGGUGGGCAAGGAAUGGUUGUCCCACCACAAAAUAUACCAACAGAUCCCCAGACCCAAGCACAAUUUGAAGCUGAUAAAAGAGCUGUAUAUAAACACCCAUUAUUUCCAUUAUUGGCACUCCUGUUUGAAAAAUGUGAGUUAGCUACUCAAAGUGCAGAAGUUUCAUCUUCUGAAAGCUUUAACAUGGAUAUUCAAGCUUUCGUGCAGCAUCAGGAACGUGAUAGGAAACCAUUUUUCAGUGAUGAUCCUGAUGUGGAUAGCUUGAUGGUUAAAGCAAUUCAAGUUCUGCGAAUUCAUCUUCUAGAACUAGAAAAAGUUCAAGAACUAUGUAAAGACUUUUGUAAUCGGUACAUUGCAUGUUUAAAAAACAAAAUGCAAAGUGAGAAUUUAUUAAGGCCAGAUUAUCCUGGCCUUGGAAAUAGUUUGCCUAGUUCAGGAUCCAGUACUCCUUCCAGUGGAGGUAGCAAUUCACAAUCAUUACCUGUACCUGGGAGCAAUGGAUCAUUAAACAACUAUGUUUUGCAGUCUGGGUUAUCACCUAACCCGAUGCCUGUAAAUAAUAUCAACCAAAAUCAAAUAGUUUCCAGUGGUAGUUUGUAUCAGAUGGUGCAAACUCCUCAGGGAAUAAUGGCUCAGCCAAUUCAGGUCGCUGCUGGUUCCAGUGCUCAUAUUGUCCAUGGAAGCACUCCUUUGUCCCAAAUAGGUGCUGCAUCUGUUCCCCAAGAAAGCAGAAUUCCUAACAUAGCUCCACGGCCAUCUCUUCUGAAUAGUGGCGAUGAUGAUGAUGAUGAUUUAAUGAGUAAGAAAAAACAGAAAAGAGGAGUGCUACCUAAGCAUGCUACAAGCAUCAUGAGAUCUUGGUUAUUUCAACACAUAGUUCAUCCAUAUCCCACUGAAGAUGAAAAGAAGCAAAUAGCUCACCAGACAAACCUUACCUUGCUGCAAGUUAAUAAUUGGUUCAUAAAUGCUCGACGGAGAAUUUUACAGCCGAUGCUUGACGCCAGUAACCCAGAAACUAACCACAAGGCCAAAAAGACAAAAACACAGUCAAGUCGUCCCGUGCAAAGGUUUUGGCCGGAGAACAUAGCUUCUAUUCAACCUCAGGUGCAAAAUCCGAAUGAAGCUGAAGGAAGCCCAUGUGAAAAUAAUCAAAUGGGUAAUUCUGGUGAUGCUCAAGCAAGUACAUCAGGUCUUAAUCAGUGCAACCAUUAUACCGGAGGCAGUAGCACCACACCAGAUACUGGACAUUCUUCUCCGGAUGGAAACAUUAGCCAACAUUGUUCUGAUGGAGAAAUCAACAAAGUACCUUCAAUUGGUAGUUUAGAUGAACUUAGUAUGAGUUGCAAUACUUCAACAGAUGAAGAAAAUGAAGAAGAUGAUGACAAGCGAUAGUGACUUUUAGUUUUAAAUGGUUUUAAUUGACAUUGAAUGACUUCUUUAUGGAAACUACAAUGAUUUGAUAAGUUUUUGUGUUUAACACUUAGUACCACUUUAUUUUAAAGAUAUUUCAAAGCACUAUAAUGAGCUUAUUUAAAUUUCAACAUGUAAAAAUAAAUAUCUUUGCUUAGAUUUGUUAUUAAUCCAAUCAUUACUGUUUAGUAGAUUUGCAUGUUGUUUUUUUUAAUAGUGUCUUUGAAAUGAUUAUAGUGAGAUGUUGGAUGUAAAUAAUUUUGAAGGUUCUUUUAAAAAGUCAACAGUUAUUCCAUGCAUAUUUUGGUGUAUGAAUCAUUUUUAUGUGAUAAAUUUACUUUUGUUUUAUUUUCUUUACACUUUAAAAUUUAUAGAUAUGGAAUUUUACUUUUUCUUUUCUUUCAGUGUUGCAUCCAGAAUCCCUCAUAUUAAUUUUUGAAGUUUUACUUGCUUUCAAAUACGACAAGAUUGUUUUCAUACAUAUUCAAAGCUGUUUUUAACAUCUAAUGAAUAUUUAUAUUUAAAAAAUACCAUUUAGAUUACUAACUUUUCUCCAGUGAAGUUAUUUUCUUUAUUUUUAAAACGUUGUACAUUUUUGUAAUGUGUUUUUAAUUGUACGAGGGUUGUUUUUUUUUCAAGCUCCGUUUGGCUAUAAAAAAGAAACCGGUGAAUAUACAAAAAAGAUUUUACUAUCAAAAGUAAGGUACAAUGCAUAUUAUUUCUCCACAUAAUCACCUUGAAGGUUUAAGCAUUUGUCGUACCUGAGCACAAGCUUUUCGAUACCCUCCUCAUAGAACUUUGCCUCCAAUGAUUGAAAGUGAUUUUUGACGGUGUUUUAGGGACCCAGCAAUCACAAAGUUUUCUGUAGCGCAACCGUUUUAUAACUAUAAAAUGUAGGGGCGAUCUUGCAACUUCUGGAAAUAGCAUCGAUAAUUCACUUAUCGUGAAUCUUUGAUUUUCCUUAACUACUUUGUCUACUCGUUAAGCAAGGUCAUCUGUAGCCACAGACUUUGCGUCCAAGACCCCCUUCAUCAUGCACAUUAGUUCUGCACUCUUUAAAUUUUCGGCACCACUUAUGAACAACACCAGCAUUCAUUAAGUUGUCUCCAUAUACACGACUUAUUCUUCAAUGAAUUUCCGCUGCCCUGUUAUUUUCUGCUUACAAAAAACGAAUAACACUUCAGUGUUGCCAGAUGGUCAAAUCCAGAUUUCCCCAAUUCUCUUCCAACUUUUCCCCAAAAAGCCAUGUUUUCUAUCAAAAUUCCCCGAAUUCAAAAAUUAUUUUUCCACUAAUAUUUUCAUAAAAUGAAUCGACUUCCUCUAAUAUUUUUGUCUCUUGAAAAUAAAAUUUUUCCCCAAAUAGCCAAAUUUUCUUAUAAAAUUCCCCAUUCUUUUUUCUUCUCACUUUUGCUUUUUUUGUCAUCUUUAUCUUUACUGAUAACAAAGCUGAAAUUCUCUGUCUGUCAGGAUCUCUGUGACGCGCAUAGCAUCUAGAUCGUUCGGCCGAUUUUCAUGAAAUUUGGCAAAGGAUUAGUUUGUAGCAUGGGGAAUGCACCUUUAAGCGAUUUUUCCAGAAUUCAAUUUUGUUCUUUUUCUAUUCCAUUUUUCCCGAGCAAAAUUAUCAUAAGAUGGACGAGUAAAUUACCAAGCUAUCAUAACGUGGAACCGUAACGUGGGCAAUCCAAUUGGUGAGAAAUUCAUCAUGCAUUAUUUGUAAAUAUGCAGGGGAACCAAAAGACCUUUUAAUUUUAUACUACGGGCAAAGCCGUGAGGGUGCCACUAGUCAUAAGCGCCUGACCCAAAGAUAAGAAAUAGCCAAAGGUUUUUUUUUCUACUUGCAUUUACUACUCUGUUUCUGUAUGUACAUUUAAACUAUGAUUUUUGUAUUUAUCCAAGAACAUUCUUCAUCACACUUAUUUUAACCUAUUUCACAUAUCAACUAGGUACUAACGCAGAACAUUAAUGCGAAUUCCGUAGCAUAAUAUUCCACAUAAUGCGAAAAGCGAAUUCCAUAAAGUUGAGCAAAGCUAAACCAACGCUGUUAGAUUCAAUGUAACUACUACUUCUUGACGCGAAUCUGAAUACGAAAAAAAUUCUUUUUUCCCCCAAGGUUCUUUUUCCCCAGGUUUUCGGCAAGAAAAAAAAUUUUUCCCCAAAGAAUUCCCCUCAAAACCCAUUUCCCCAAAAUUUCCCCAGAGAGCACCAGAUUUCCCCAAAAUGGGGAAAUUUACCCCAAUCUGGCAACACUGUAACACUUAUCAAUUUACACUUGGCAGGAGACUCGAUAGAGACAGCCAUGUUUUUGUGUCUGUUGCUCAACAGAAAAUAGCAGAUUGGACUCGACAGUAACUGAGUGUUUGGAGAGAGGUAUAUGCAGUAUCCUAGUACGAAAACCAGCCACCUGCCGCUCACCUUGUUUUCCUACUGCGAAAACGGAGCUUGAAAAAAAAAAACCUACGUAAUUAUUUCACAAAUCACGAAUGCUUAGAGAAGUCAAGAAUGCUUGGAAAUUGGAAAGGCUAAAGUGAAAAAAAAAAAAAAAACCUCUCAAGAAUGUGAGAAAAAUAAAAAUUAAUUCUAAUUUCAAUAUCGAAUGAAAAUGAAUGAAAUUAGUGAGAGUGAACUCUAAAAUUUAAUUAAAACUACGAGUAUUUUUGUGUGUUAUGUAAAUAUAUGAGCAAUUAAUCCCUGAAAUGUUUGAAAUCAAGAUUAAAAUAUAAGUUUUUGAUAGUUUCCUUAUAGGCAAUUAUUUUAUUCCAAUUAAUUUUUCUUUUCAUUUUUUUUGUGUGAAAAUUAAAGUGAUUCUUCACUAGGGGAGAAAUGGGAGGUAGGAUGUGAGGGAAAAAGGGGACAAAGGUGUAUUCAUGCCGAAAUGAAAGUGAAAAAUAUUUUUUGCUUUUACAAGUACAUGUAGCAGCUUCAGACUCUUACUGGUACAUCUACUAAGCAAGCUAGAAAUAAUAUUUCAUAUGUUAUUCCAGCAUUAAUACACCUCUUCCCCAUUCCUCCUGACUCUUCCCUAAUGUUUGGAAAAAAAAUAUAAGAUAUUUGUAUCAUAAAUUAGAAUUGAAACUUUUUGAGGUACUUGGGAUUGAAACUUUUCAGAAAAGGAUGAAAUCAAGAAUUAUCCAAGAAUUAUCCAGCAGUUUUAGGUUUUUUGGCAAGCUUUAAAACAAAUAAAUUUAUCACUAAGCAUGUAAUUUUGCAAAGUAUAUAAGCAAUCUUAGACAUUGUGAUCUAAAUCCAAAAAGAUUAAAUAUUAUUUAUGUGUUACACAUUUAGUGUUUUAUUUUUUGUCCUUAUUUUCAUGGUUGCUAAUCAUUGUUUGAAAAAAAAAAAAAAAAAAAAAACUGCUCAUGUCACAUUUUUUUUUUAUGUCCAUUGGGUGCAUCACUGUAUUUUUGUCUUUCCUUUUUCCAUUAAUAUAUUUUGUUUCUGAAAGUUAUGAAUUUAAAUUUUAUUGCUUUCAAACUUGUAUAUAUAUAUUCCUUUUUACCUUAAAAAUUAAGUUCUCUUAAAAUCAGUCAUUGAAAUUUCAAUUCUAUUUUUUUGCAGUGCCAUUUUUCUCAUGACUGUAAAAAUACAUUUUAAAAAUGCACAAGUUCUUGUACAUAUUGGAAUUAUUUCCACUUUUGUAAUGGGACAAACAAAUUCAGAAUCAGUGUCCUUAAUUGUCCCAUUAUAUGUCUCACACAGUAAAGUGUAUGAAGUAUUUUAAGCAUUAAAGGGCAAUGCAAUUCAUUCUUUAUAGAGAAAAGGUAGAAUUUGGUAAUUCAUAGACUUAAAAAAUAGAGCUAAAAUUGUUAUCAUUCGUCAACCCUCUUUUUAUACACAGUAGACUUACAAUCAUUAUCUUGCAGGGUAUUAUAUUAAAGCAAUAAAAAGUCUUAAUGUUUCAAAACUUUAUACAAUAUUUAAACUGAUAAUAUACAAGAAGCAUACUAUUGUAUAAAGUUUAGUUAUGGCUGCAAGUAUUCUAACUAAUUUGAAAAUUUAUAUAUUUUUAAUGCACUGAAAAUAUUUUUUGUUGUAUUUUAUUUGUGCAUUAACUGAAAUUUGUUUCCAAGUUUUAUUCUGAAAAUUGGAUUUUAUUUAUGUUUGUGUUUU